AUGUCAGUUGGCAUACAAAGAGCUGAGGACAAGUACAACAGUAAGGGCGGCUAUUAUGACAUUGACGACGACGAAGAAGAAGACGUUGUUAUGCGUGAGGCGGCGCAGGAGGAGGUUCAAAUCUCUCCUGCCUCGUUUGACGGAUUUUUCAAUCUUGAAACACUACCGAUGUGGACACACAAGCGACCGCCUGGGAUGCUCGGUGAGGGUGAUAAUUUACCAUCUAUGGAUGAAGUCGCCAAGGAAGGAGCACGCGCCGCUCAUCUGGCAGAGAGUAAAAGCAAUUAUUUUGAGCAUCCGUUUGAAACAGCUGUUGCUCCAUGGGAUCAGCAAGGUGCCACAAAGGUGUCAACGGCACUAGUGCCAGUCAAUGGACGUCCUAUAUCAACGCCGCGAGACUUGUUUGGACCUUUGACAGUGUCCAUCCGAGAUGUAGACGAAAGCAACACGUUCUAUCUUAUCGACCUUCAAUAUGGGGAGAUCAAAUGGACGGUCAAGCGCAAUGUGGUCGAUUUCUACGAUUUGUGGGUGACACUCAAGCUCAGGUCCACCAUUAAAUCGCCUCCUUCGUUCCCUAGCAAAGUCCAAAACUUUGCACACGCCAUCGCGUCCCUUCGAUCUGCCCACGAGCAAAACUCCAUCAUGAUCCACUCGGAACUGACAUCUUUGGAUACGCGUAAUGAAAAGCGACGAUUGGAAUUGGCACAAUAUCUGCAAGAACUGGUUGAGAAAUCGCAAAAAGUGGAAGACUUGACUGGAUUGACUGAUCUGUGCGAGUUCUUGGAAGUGAGUGGGAUAAGCAUUGUCAAGGAUAUGGGAUGGAAAGGCAAGGAAGGAUACUUGGAGCAAAAGGUCGUGACCCGGUCGGCGCCUGUUUUACGUCCCAUACGACGCUAUGGAUGGGUGAAGAAGUGGUUUAUCCUGCGCGAUUCUUACAUUGCUUUUUGCAAGGAUACAUCAUCCACAACGCCAACAGAUGUUAUGCUGCUCGACAAGGAAUUCAAGUACCACACGUCUGAACGAAAACAGUUUUCGUCGCAUUCGGUCAUCACAUUGGCCAAAGGCUCGAAAAGUAUACAGAUAAGAGUACAGAAAGGCGUGGAUGAAUGGCUAGACAACCUGAACACGGUGAAGCUGAAGAGUCCGUGGGUAUCCCAGCAACGGUUUAAUUCGUUUGCUCCUAUUCGCGAAAAUGCCAAAGUAAAAUGGUUCGUGGAUGGACACGAAUAUUUUGAGGCAGUGGCCGAGGCUAUAUUAUCAGCAAAGUCAGAUAUUUUUAUUGAAGAUUGGUGGCUGAGUCCUCAACUGUAUUUACGGAGACCGCCUAAAGGCAAUGAGGAUUACCGUAUCGACCGUUUGCUCAAGCGAAAAGCUUCAUUAGAUGAUGUUAAAAUAUAUAUUGUCAUUUACAAAAGCAUGAAGGUGGCACUACCGUUAAACUCUGGCCAUACCAAACAUUGGCUUCAAGAUGCACAUCCGAAUAUUAUUGUGCAGCGCCAUUCAAAUAUCACUGAAGCACCAUUCUGGGCACAUCAUGAAUGGUUCAUGAUAUGCUGGACAUUGGAGAAGAUUAUAUCCGUUGUGGAUUUAUAA